AAACAUUACCUCAAAAUCGGUUUUCUGGCAUCAUACUUAGUUAGUACGUAUCCACUCACUUAAUCAGAUUGACACUGAAAGGUCAUAAUUUCGAAGAAAAAAAAAGUCUCAACGAAAAAUAAUGUUUGUGGCGGUCCGGCAUACACUUCUUUCAGUCAAAAUUGAAGCAUCUUAGCAACAACAUCGUGUAUAACGUUGAAGUCAUUCGUUAUCUCGCAUUUUGAAAAUAUUUUCGGUUCAAAAGGUCUACAUUUCGUGAAAAUUUCCUUUAAAAAUUAUGUUUGUGAUUCGGCGUAUUGACCGUCAUAGUUUAUGUCGGAGUGUUAAACUUGUGAAGAAUAUGAGCUCUACUGCGAACAAGAGAAUCGGCAUUAUUGGCUGUCCUUUCAGUAAGGGUCAGCAGCUUAGAGGGCCUGAGUUAGCACCAAUGGCCAUAAGACAAGCUGGUCUAGUCUACGAAAUGCACAGCAACAAUGAGGCUCUCGAUGUUCAAGAUUAUGGUGACGUUCAAAUUGCCCACAGAAAAUACUCACCAGAAUAUCCAAAAAAUAUGCGAAACUAUGGUCAAAUAGUAGGAACUGUAGCGAAUCUAGCUAGUAAAGUCGAAGAAGUGUUAAAGGAUGAUAGAAUCGCUGUUACAAUUGGAGGCGAUCAUUCGGUGGGAAUAGGAUCAAUCGGAGCACAUUUGAAGCACAACAAAGACAUUGCUGUUAUAUGGGUUGAUGCACACGCCGAUAUAAAUACCAAUUUGACGUCGUUAAGUGGGAAUAUUCACGGGAUGACCGUAGCAUUAUUAGCAAAAGAGCUCGAAUCUUAUUGGCCUAAAUUGCCCGGUAUGGAAUGGCUGGAAAAUAAAUUAUCGCUGAAAGACAUCGUCUACAUUGGUUUGCGUUCCAUUGAUCCGCUGGAAAAGAUGAUUAUGAACAAAUUCAAUGUGCAUGCGUACGGAAUGGAGGACAUUGACAGACAUGGAAUUUAUGGCGUUGUGGAAAGGGCACUAAAGUAUGUAGAUCCUGAAAAUAAGAAAUCUUUUCAUGUCAGCUACGACAUCGAUUCAUUGGAUGGCUUGGAAGCUCCCAGCACUGGAACAAAAGUGCGCGGUGGAUUGACCCUAAGAGAAGGUAUAUGUGUUCUGGAAGAAAUUUACGACACAGGACGAUUAGCAGCUGUUGAUUUGGUUGAAGUGAAUCCAGCUAUUGGAAGUGACGAUGAUGUGGCUAAAACAGUGGAUGCUGCUAUACAAAUAUUGAAGGCCGCUUGUGGUACAGUUAGAAAAGGUGUUAUGCCGAACGAUGUUGCCAUUCCGAAACCGUGUACAGAUUAACAAAUUUUGAUUUUUUAAUAAAUGAGACAUAAUAGGAACUGUAUUGUUUUUGCAGACUGAGUAGGAAGCAUA